AUGGGCAAAUCAGACAUCCAGUCAUGGAUUGCCUCGACCUCGGAAAUCGACGACUCUGAAAACACGAACGGGGAAUCCAGUCAAUCUCAACGUGGAUGGCGGAGAGAAGACAUUCUCUCAGACUGGACUCGCUCCCUCGAACUCGCGCGCAGUCGUCUGCUGUCGAGCAGCACGAAGGUGCGAACACAGUUUCUUCGUGAAGAACUCUUAGGUUUGGCACGGCAAGACGAAUUGAGCCUAUCCCAAAUUCUGGACAUCUACAAACUGCUGACUCUGACAUAUUCUCGCUAUGUCGACACACCAUCCCGAGAAGCGGUCGAAGAGGUCGGAACAGAGCUGGUGAGGCGAGAUGAGCUCCGUGGGCGGUCAGAUGGAGAUCAGGAUGAAACACCUCUCGGAGUUACCGAGCAAAUCAUCGGCUGGCUAUCGACAGAAGUGAGCCAGAUCGCACACAGAGCAAGUUCUCAUGCAGCAGCAGAUGUUUUCAUACUAUUGAGCUGGGCAUGCGGGCUUUACGUCGUAUGCCUAAAGGUCAACCCCGAGUUUCCGUCCUCGAUCGCAUGGAACAACCUACUUAGCGCCGUGGCUGUUUCGGUAGACAUGCUUCUGGACAGGACAGCGCGUAUUAAGCCAUCAAUCCAAAAGGGCACGCUCACUCGCGUGCGACGUGCUCUGCGAUCGUGCCCAGAACACAUCUCGACAGCCAUAAGGACCCUGCUCGCGAAAGGCAAGACAUCUCAGCAGGCUCUCCAUGUCGUCCCGCUCCUUGGCAUAUGCGUGGACGUCAAACUUCGGUUGAAGAAUGUCAAAGAUGAAACCUUGAAGGCCCUAGACUCGUCUCUCAAGACCGAUAUACUGAGCUUUUAUGCAACUUCUGUAUUAAUGUCUAAGACGCCAGUACCGAUCCACGCAAACGCUGCAUUCCAUGACUUUAUCGAGGCCGUCGUGACGCAAGAUGACCUCACUAGUUCUGUCCUGCCAACGAUGGAGAAGGCACUGUUACGUUCGCCGGAGAUCUCCCUCUUUGUUGUCACCCAAUUCUUCGACGCUUAUCGCUACCCUGUGGAAGGCGAUAUCUUCCGCAAGGUUCUCACUUCGGCUUUAAAUAGCGCGAAGUCUGCAAAUCCUCUUGUGCGCAAGAACGCCAGUCUCUUGUUUAGGGCAAUGAUCAGCAAAACAUCCAGUAGUGAUGACCUGACUUUUUCCGUUUCUGAAACGUUAUCUCUCCCGAAGUCAGGCAAAACUACGGGACCUGACCAUCGAAUGGCUUUAUACUCCAUGCUAGGAUUCGUUCGCCCCGCGACUUCUGCGUCUACAGCAAUCAUGCAAACCAGCCUGCCAUUGCUCGCGAAGGAAACACAUGAUGGAGCCAUCUCUGUGCUAACGUCUGCUCUGGUACCACAUCUGGUCUUCUGUCUGCGCGAGAACAUAGUAUUGCCAGGCGACGCAGUCUCUGUUAUCACUAAGGAGUUGAUGGGCGCAAAACCGGUCAUCCGACGCGCGUUUUGCUCCUUGGUAGGUGAUGCUUUCUGGCAGUUGGAGGUGCUGCAUACGGAGGUCUCGCUAUCUCUCGCGAAGGCGGUGCUGCCCGCCCUUGACACUAACCUCAAGACAGUCGCAGCGGCGCCGUUGACGUCAGCUGCAGGGCCUCUUGAAGGAUAUACAGCCGUUGCUGUACUGUUGGGACCAUUUUCUCGCAGUGGCAACUUUGAUGACGUAAUCGCUCACAAUGCAACCGUGCAGUCUCUGAUGACCGCGGGAAGUAAGCCGUCGUUCCUGCUGUGGGACAAAGUCUACCAGAAGCUGAACGGCGAGGAUGACGAGAAGUGGCUCCUUCGCGCGGCGCAGGCGUCGCUUGCUUUCUUCCAGCGUGAGCUCUUGAGAAAUAAACAAGCAUGCGCCAUGAUAGGCAUGGUCUUCCUGCACCUGGUCAUCAACAGUCCAUUGCCUCAAACACGAAGAGAAACCCUCAAGACGCUGGAGGAAAGCGUGGCUCAGCUUCCUGAAGUGGCCAGUGUGGCAAUCGUGUCAGCGCUGUCCGCCUAUGUUUCGAAGGAGAAGGCUUCAUCAGCAAAGGUACAAAAUGGCAGCAGCGAGGAGAACGAACCUAAAGUCAACAGGGAGGGCCGCUUGUCAGCAUUCUUGUUAGCUGCACAGGCGUUCAGUGAGGAAUGUGAUUCAGCGACCAGGAAGACUGCUCUGGUACGCUGCGUCGUUCUUGCGCACCAUCCAGCCCUGGGUGUUGGAUCUCGUCAGAUCUGGAUCGAGGCGUGUCAGAAGGGGCGUGUAGAUCCACUCAACCUAGUUGUCGAACGCGCGGACGAGCUUUUCAAGGAGAUACAGGGCGCUCUCGACUUCCGGUCAAAGUCCUACAACGCUAAUAUUGCGGAUGCCGGGCAUCGGGCUGUAACAACUAUCGUCUUCGUCGCCCCGGAGGUCAUUCUGCCCCGUAUUAUCGAACAACUACGCGCUGAUAUCAACCCGAGUGAAGUCAAUGCUCUGACUGAUCUAGAUCUUGGUAUCUGGGCUACUCCGGAGGGUCAGACGUUCGUUGAUGUACUAUCGUCAAAGAAAGCGGAUGAGCCCGUCAAGAAGGGCAAGGGAUACAAGGACGCACAGUGGGAGGCUGAAGUGCGCAAGUCUCUUGCCAGCAAGAAGGCGGCGUCCAACUCCACCCUAUCCAAGCAAGAUCAAGGUCUUGUAGACGCUCAGCUCGCCAAGGAGAGUCAGAUACGACAAAGGGUCGUGGCUAUAAAAGCUAGACUUGAGCGCGGUCUGGCCCUCGUUCGCAGCCUUGUGGCAGCUCACGUAGAACAGCUGCGCUCUUACCUGUCAUCCAUUGCGGUUUUGCUCUUAAACGGGGCAUUUGGCAAGGCGGUCGCUCUGAUCGGCCAUGCCGCUUUCGAGCGUUAUCUUGACCUAGCACAAGUGUGCUCCGAACGCUUAGACACAUUCCGCGCUUGGGUCGGUGUUGCAACUCUGCGAAGUCUUGAUGUUGAGGGUAUCCCAACAGAUUUUUGCACCGAACCUCUGAACUCUCUCGUGAUCCGUGUUCUCUACAGGUUGCGCACUUUAUCAGAGCAAGUUCCAUUGGACGCCGCGACCUUCUCCUAUGCAUAUCCUCUAUUUAGCCAAGUUCUCCUCAAGGGUGGCAUUGCUCUGGACGAGGAAGAUGAUCCGCUAGAACAAAUCGCACUUACAGUGGAUAUUAUCAAAUUCCACUCGGGAGAAUUCUUGGAUUCGAUGUUCCCAAGGGCCAGAGCUAUGCAAGAUCUCCUCCAUGUCAUUAGGAACCAGCCGAAGCUAGCCAAGAAUGCCUCAUCCGCUCUUGUUGACAUUGGUCAAGCGAUGCAGGCAAAUGCCGCUCGCGAGGAGAUUGAUGUAUUACUGCAUGGGACACUUCAGCAAGAGGUCUAUGUCCGCAAUUCCUGCUUACAAGCUUUGCAGCCGUUUGACUUGACAGAUCUCGACUGGUCUCCAGAAUUAUGGAUUGUGUGUCAUGACGACGACGAGCAAAAUGCGAGGUUAGCCCACCAUUUGUGGGAAGACAACGGCUUGGACGUUGCGGAGAACUUCAUGCACGACUUGCCAAGAUAUCUAGAGCAUGAGCAUGGUUAUGUUCGGUCUAGUACCGCCGCAGCGCUAGCUGAUGCCGUUGUCAAUCACUGGCCACAACUUGCGUCUGACGUACUAGACAGCCUACAAGCAUUCUACCGUGAGAAGGCGAAGGUCAUCGCUCCAGAAUUCGACGAAUAUGGCAUGGUCAUCGCUCAAAGUCUUGACAGGUCUGAUCCAUGGCCUACACGAGUGGUCAUAGGCCAUACGUUCGAACUACUUGCGUCUGCCUUCUCUGCUAGAGAUGUCGAGCCAUUCUUCAGAUUCUUGAUUCAAGACGAGGCCCUAGGCGAUCGCAGCGCCGAUGUGCGCAAAGCGAUGCUCAGUGCAGGGACAGCGGUCAUCGACCUCCAUGGAGCUUCGCAUCUCCCCGGGCUCAUCUCGAUGUUCGAGGCGCAACUAGAGAGCACAGGGCCUGCGACUGAAACAGCAGAUUUUAUCAAGGAAGCUGUGGUCAUUCUCUUUGGGAGGGUAGCUCGGCAUCUCGACCCUUCGGAUCGUCGUGUCCCACAAAUCGUCGAGAGGUUAAUUGAGGCCCUAGGAACCCCUGCUGAGCAAGUUCAAAUCGCCGUCUCUGAUUGUCUAUCAGCUCUUGUGAAGGUAAUGGAGUCGCCCAUCGCACCGUUGGUGGACCGCCUUCUGGCCGACCUGUUUGAUUCCACCAAGUAUGCCGUCCGACGUGGGGCUGCGUAUGGACUUGCGGGUGUUGUCAAAGGCGCAGGGAUCUCUACCAUCAAAGAUUUCAAUAUCAUAGAACGGCUCAAAAGCGCAGCAGAGGACAAGAAACGAUACGAACCUCGCCAGGGAGCCAUGCUCGCCUUAGAGACAUUUUCGAAUACUCUCGGACGGCUCUUCGAACCUUACAUCAUCCACAUUCUACCUGUCCUGCUGGCGUCAUUCGGUGAUGCAACCCCUGAUGUUCGAGAAGCCACUCAUGAUGCUGCACGGGUCAUCAUGGCGAAUAUGUCCGGGUAUGGGGUCAAGACGAUCCUUCCAUCGCUCCUUUCAGGCCUUGAUGAGAAGCAGUGGCGCACGAAGAAGGGCUCCAUCGAAUUGUUGGGCAUGAUGGCAUACUGCGCACCUAGACAGCUAUCACAGUCCUUGCCAAUCGUUAUUCCGCGUUUGACAGAUGUCCUGACGGACUCGCAUGCGCAAGUGCGGGUCGCUGCGAACAAGAGUCUUAAACAAUUCGGCGAAGUCAUCAGCAAUCCAGAGAUCCAGUCGCUGGUACCGGUCUUCCUCAAGGCACUGGUUGAUCCUGGAAAAACACCCAAUGCGCUGUCUUCUCUACUCAAAACUUCUUUCAUGCAUUACAUCGACCACUCUUCAUUGGCUCUCGUCGUACCCAUCAUCGAGAGAGGCUUACGAGAGCGGAGUGCGGACACCAAGAAGAAGGCCGCUCAGAUUGUCGGAAAUAUGGCUUCGUUGACAGAUUCCAAGGACUUCGUGCCGUAUUUGUCUCAAUUGCUCCCACUGGUACAUGUUGUCCUUGUCGAUCCAGUGCCAGAAGCACGCGCAACUGCGGCCAAGGCUCUCGGUACUCUUGUUGAGCGACUCGGCGAAGUCCACUUCCCAGACCUGGUCCCCGGCUUGUUGCGUACGCUCAAAACGGAUACAUCUGGUGUGGACCGACAAGGUGCUGCACAGGGUCUCAGUGAGGUACUGGCUGGUCUUGGUAUGGAGCGUAUGGAGGGAUUACUGCCUGACAUCAUCGCCAAUGCGCAAUCGCCUCGCAGCAGCGUCAGAGAAGGAUUCAUGUCGUUGCUAGUGUUCCUGCCCACCACUUUCGGGAAUCGCUUCCAACCUCACCUACCAAAGAUCAUCCCGCCCAUUCUCAGCGGACUGUCAGAUUCCGAAGACUAUGUCAGAGAGGCUGCAAUGCGGGCAGGUCGUAUGAUCGUCACUAAUCACUCCAGCAAAGCCAUUGACUUGCUACUGCCCGAGCUCGAACGCGGGAUGUUUGAUCCCGGUUGGCGCAUUAGGCAAGCUUCAAUUACUCUGGUCGGUGAACUACUCUUCAAAGUGUCCGGCAUCAGCGGCAAAGCCGAGAUCGAGGAAGACGAAGAAAUGGUUGACGCCGUCGUGGUCGAAAGUUCUCGUCGGGCGCUCGUUGAGGUCCUCGGAGCUGAAAGGCGGGACCGUAUCCUUUCAGCUCUGUACCUUGCUCGCCAGGAUUCUGUCAAUGUUGUCAGACAAUCUUCCGUACAUAUCUGGAAGGCAUUGGUACACAAUACGCCACGGACGGUGCGCGAAAUUCUUCCUGAGCUGAUUAGCCAAAUUGUCUCGCUUUUGGCUGGUGACGAGGCUGACCAGCAAGAGACGGCCGGGCGCACAGUUGCGGAAUUGUGUCGCAAAUCUGGAGAGAAGAUCUUGGGCGAGAUUGUCUCCAUUCUCAAAUCCAAAUCAGCGUCGCCUGAUGCGAAGACGCGUGAGGGUGUAUGUUCGGUUCUUUGUGAGCUUAUGGAAGGCACAGCGGACAGUCAGCGUGAAGGCAACGAAGAUGAUAUCAUCGCGAUGGUACGCACUUCCUUGGUCGAUGACGAGACCAAUGUUCGCACUGCUGCUGCGAAAGCCUUCGACACCCUUCAAGAGCACAUUGGGGCAAAGGCUAUCGAUCAGACAAUACCAACGUUGCUAGAGGCCCUCCGGCAACCUGGACAGAGCUCUGGCACUGCCCUGCAGGCGCUCAGAGAAGUCAUGGCUGUUCGCGCAUCCACUGUGUUCCCAGUGCUGAUACCAACUUUGACUGCUAUACCGAUGACCAUCUUCAAUGCACAUGCAUUGGCAUCACUUGUGACGGUUGCCGGCACCGCGCUCAGCAAGAGAUUGACGGUUAUUCUCACUGCACUUGCUAAGGUCAAGGAAAGCCCUGAUAUCGAAGAGAAUGAGGAACUUCACAAUGCCGUUGGAGAAGCAAUUCGUGCUCUGCUAGGAUCCAUCUGCGACGCGGAAGGAUUGAACACGCUGAUGUUGCUCUUGUUGGGAUGGGCAAAGCAUGAGACCGUACCAAGACGCAUGACUGCGUGUGAACUCUUCGCCGUAUUUUGUGAGGAAUCCGAGCUCGAUUCAUCACUGUAUUGGGUCGACUGGAUACGUCAACUUGUCUCUCUGAUGGACGACACCGAAGUUUCUGUGCACACUGCAGCCCUGAAAUCUCUCGAUGCCUUCGUCAAGUCUGUGCCAAAGGAUGAGCUAGAGCCUCUGGUGGUGCCACUCAGACGUACCAUUGAAGGUACUGGCGCGCCGGGUAGACCUGUCCCUGGAUUCAGCCUGCCCAAGGGUGUCGCACCUUUGGUACCCAUCAUCAUCUCAGGCCUCACCACAGGGAGCAAUGAGCAACGCGAAUAUGCUGCCUACGCCAUCAGCGACCUUAUCGAGCGUACGGAAGAAAGCGCGAUUAAGCCUUUCGUCGUUCCUUUCACAGGACCUCUUAUCCGUGUCGCUACGCAAGCCACAACGUAUCCUCCGGCUGUCAAGACCGCCAUUCUCACCGCGCUUUCCACCAUGCUUGAUCGGAUACCUGCCUUUGUCAAACCAUUCUUUCCUCAGCUGCAGCGCACGUUUGUGAAGAGCGCCAGUGAUCCGGCCAGCCUUGGAGUCCGCAACAAGGCGGCGCAGGGUCUAGGCAUGCUCAUGCGCAGCCAGCCACGAGUGGAUCCUGUCAUCACGGAACUGAUUACUGGCGCGAAGAGCAACGAAGACCCCAUUGCAGCAAGCCUCAUCUACGCUCUAGCGUAUGUGGUGCACAGUGCAGGGUCAAAUGUCGGGGAAAAGGCACGAGAAGCAUGCGUGAGCCUGAUUACCGAGGCCUUCCGGGAGCCCCACGAAGAAAAUUAUUGUCAAGCUGUUGCGGCUCUCUUCUCCGCUUUAUCCUCACAAGCUCAGCUUCUGAAACCCGUGGUCGAUGCUUACCUAUCCGCGGGCACACCGCCAACCGUCCUCAGCUCCCAUUGCAUUCUCGCCGUGGUAUCGCCUGACGACGAAUUCCACUCUGGCGACGAUGAUGCGCCCAACGUUUUCCAGCAGCUGGAUGUCCUACGCACUGUGGCUCAGAAGGUCAAGGAAAGCACUUCGAGCGACAAGCUAUCCGUUGCACGCCCCGCUCGUGAGGCGCGAGAGGCACUAAAACUACUAGACGACGACGCCCUGCAGGGAGUCUUCUGA